AUAAGGAGAAUAAGGAGAAAAGGCGCUUUUGUGAGACGCGGUGCGUAAAACGCGACUCCGACUGCUUCAUGUUUUUAUUUAUUUUUGCCUGGUGUCUGACUCUCUCGAACCCGGAGUCGUGUUUGUGCGUCUUCACCAAGAUCCGACUGCUGAUUUCAAGGCGGAAAAGCAGAGGAAAGGGAUAAUAAAAAAGAAGGAAAGACAGGCAGAGACGCGUUUCUCCAGCCAUUUUGGGUUGCAUGAGAAGCGGACUGUUUAUUUUUUUUUUUAUUUUAUUUUUUUUUCUGUUACUGAAACUGGUUGCUUUUUUUUUUUAUUUUUCACACCAAAAAAAAAGGAUAAGUGAAGAAGAAAUGCCGCUGUUGGAGCUCUAAAGGGGGACACUGCCUUUCUUUUUUAUUUUCUUCUCCUUUUUUUAAACCAGAGGAGAGAUAAAGCACGCGUUUAAUAAAAAAGCCGAACCCCGAGACCAGACUACGGACGAUGGAGCGCUACCUGUCGGGUAUCUACCUGCUCCUGGCGCUCUUGACUCUGCGGCGGUCGAGCGGCGCCACGGCGAAGGAGCUGAGCUGCCAGGAGAUCGCCGUGCCGCUGUGCAAGGGCAUCGGAUACAACUACACCUACAUGCCGAACCAGUUCAACCACGACACGCAGGACGAGGCGGGCCUGGAGGUGCAUCAGUUCUGGCCGCUGGUGGAGAUCCAGUGCUCGGCGGAUCUGCGUUUUUUCCUGUGCAGCAUGUACACACCCAUCUGUCUGGAGGACUACAAGAAGCCGCUGCCGCCGUGCCGCAGCGUGUGCGAGCGCGCCCGUGCCGGCUGCGCGCCCCUCAUGCGCCAGUACGGCUUCCCGUGGCCCGACCGCAUGCGCUGCGAGCUGCUGCCCGUGCAGGGCACCCCUGACACGCUGUGCAUGGACUACAACCGGACGGACGCCACGACCGCCGCGCCGGUGCUGCCGAAACCCACAGGUUACCCCGGCAGGGCGCACGGAGGUGGCCGCGGUGCGAGCGGCGGAGGACACGCUAAGCGCAAGCCGGUGACGCAGCCGUGCGAGGCCGGGUGUCAGUGCCGCGCGCCCAUGGUGCGUUUGAGCAGCGAGCGGCACCCGCUGUACAACCGCGUGAAAACGGGAAGGACCCCGAACUGCGCGAUGCCCUGCCAUAACCCGUUCUUUACCCCGGAUGAGCGCGCUUUUACCGCCUUCUGGAUCGGCUUGUGGUCGGUGCUGUGCUUCGUGAGCACCUUCGCCACCGUGGCCACGUUCCUGAUCGACAUGGAGCGAUUCAAGUAUCCAGAGCGCCCUAUCAUCUUCCUCUCCGCGUGCUACAUGUUUGUGUCCGUGGGUUACAUCGUGCGUCUAAUCGCGGGCCACGAGCGGGUCGCCUGCAGCCGAGAACAUGACGUGGAACACGUCCACUAUGAAACCACCGGCCCUGCGCUGUGCACCGUGGUCUUCCUGCUGAUCUACUUCUUCGGCAUGGCCAGCUCCAUAUGGUGGGUGAUCUUGUCUCUUACCUGGUUCUUGGCGGCGGGGAUGAAGUGGGGAAACGAGGCUAUUGCGAGCUAUUCUCAGUACUUUCACCUGGCUGCGUGGCUCAUCCCGAGCAUGAAGUCUAUAGCCGUCCUGGCACUGAGCUCUGUGGACGGCGAUCCUGUUGCGGGCAUCUGCUACGUGGGGAACCAGAACCUGGACAACCUGCGGGGUUUCGUGCUCGCCCCGCUGCUCAUCUACCUGUGCAUCGGAGCCAUGUUUCUGCUGGCCGGGUUUGUGUCUCUGUUUCGCAUCCGCAGUGUCAUCAAGCAGGGUGGCACCAAAACGGACAAGCUUGAGAAACUCAUGAUCCGGAUCGGGGUGUUCACGGUGCUCUACACGGUGCCCGCUGCCGUCAUCGUGGCCUGUUACUUCUACGAACAGCACAACCGGCAGCGCUGGGAAGCAGCACACAACUGCGCCUGUGCCCUGGACCGCGAGCGAGACGCCGAGAGGCCUGACUACGCCGUGUUCAUGCUCAAGUACUUCAUGUGCCUGGCUGUGGGCAUCACGUCGGGCGUGUGGGUCUGGUCAGGGAAGACUGUGGAGUCAUGGCGGGCCUUGUGCGCACGCUGCUGUCGGUGCCGCUGGGCAGGGAAAGGUGCGAGCAGCUCGGCAUACAGCGACGUGAGCGCAGGACUGACGUGGCGCUCAGGGACGGCCAGCUCGGUCUCCUGCGCCAAGCAGAUGCCUUUGUCCCGGGUCUAGAGGAGCUCGGCGUACCAGUUCCUGCUUUUUUUUUUCCUCACACACUCACACACAUUUCCAUACAAAUAAACUGCCGAAGGGUUUCUGUUAAGCGGAAAGACUGGCUGAAACAAUCGAACACAUCAGUGUGUGGUUUACUUUCCUGCCAUUUCUAUUCAUAUGGACAUGACAUGCAAUCAGUGAUGCUGAGAGAGAAUCAGGCUUCGCAUCGUCCCACAUGGUGCUGAACAUUUCCACCAACCCUUUCACAUUUACGCUCAAAAGUUUUCGCCUUCAUUUCUUUCAUUAUUCUCUGUUUCUUUUUUUGUUUUUUUUUAAGAAUGUCUAAACAAUCAAAAAAAUAUCAAAGACGCUUUCUCUCUCUCUCUCUCUCUCUCUCUCUCUCUCUCUCUCUCUCUCAGACAAGCCUUAAAAAGUCUUAAAAUCCUAGUGCUCCUAUAUUUCUACGGGUUCUUGUUUUUUAUUAAUGUAUUUAUACAGUUCUGUGCAAAAGGUGUAAAUUUUGUAUAAAGAAGAAGAAAAAGAUUUAUAAGAUUAUUGUAAAUGUGUACAUAGUGUAGAUGUCAUUCGGAGAGGAUAAAAUAUCGCUUUUAUUUUGACAAUAAAAUAUUUUGGAGAAAUCUUUAAUCGGA